AUGAGCUUUCCCAAUCCUGCUACUUCUGUCAAAUUAGUCUUAUUAGGGGAAGCGGCAGUCGGUAAGUCGUCCUUAGUAUUACGCUUUGUUAGUAAUGAUUUCCAGGAGAACAAAGAACCUACAAUAGGAGCGGCAUUCUUAACGCAGAAAUGUACGAUCGGUGACCGUACCAUCAAGUAUGAGAUCUGGGAUACUGCAGGUCAGGAGAGAUUUGCUUCUUUAGCACCAAUGUAUUAUAGAAACGCUCAAGCGGCAUUAGUUGUUUAUGAUAUUACAAAACCUGCAUCAUUUAUAAAAGCAAGACACUGGGUAAAGGAGUUGCAUGAACAAGCAUCCAAAGAUAUAACAAUCGCAUUAGUGGGAAAUAAGUAUGAUUUAGUCGAGGAUGAUAAUGAUGGUGAGGACAGUUUACGGAAGGUUAGUAUUGAAGAGGGUAAGAGCUUGGCAGAUGAAGAGGGUUUGCUAUUUUUCGAAACGAGUGCUAAAACUUCCUAUAAUGUCAAUGAGGUGUUUAUUGGCAUAGGUAAUAAGAUUCCCGAUAAUACCAAGAAUUCGAAUUCCAAUCAACAAGGUCCAGGAAACGAAGCAAGUAGAGAGGGCCGUAUUGACUUGAGCUCCAAUUCAAAUGGCUCUGCAAGAGGCGGUGAUUGUGCUUGUUGA